CGCUCCUCCUCUCGUGUUUCCGGCGGCGGCGAGCUCGCGAUCUCAGGCGGCAGGAGCCAGGAGGGAACCGGCUCUCGACUCGAUCUCCACCGCGUCGUCCCACCAUGUCGAAGAGGAAGACCAGGGAGCCUAAGGAGGAGAAUGUAACUCUUGGACCCACUGUCCGUGAAGGAGAGUAUGUGUUUGGGGUUGCUCACAUCUUCGCAUCCUUCAAUGACACCUUCAUUCACGUCACUGACUUGUCUGGAAGGGAAACGCUUGUUCGCAUUACUGGUGGCAUGAAGGUCAAAGCUGAUCGUGAUGAGUCAUCACCAUAUGCAGCUAUGCUUGCUUCUCAGGAUGUUGCACAGCGUUGCAAGGAGCUUGGCAUUACUGCGUUGCACAUUAAGCUCCGUGCCACUGGAGGCAACAAGACAAAGACACCUGGACCUGGUGCUCAAUCUGCUCUCAGGGCUCUUGCUCGAUCUGGGAUGAAGAUUGGUCGCAUUGAGGAUGUGACCCCAGUUCCCACUGACAGCACCCGCAGAAAGGGAGGUAGGAGAGGAAGGAGGCUGUAGAUGUAUUAUCAGCCAUGUUGUUGCCAUGGAAUAUCUCAUCUUUGGAUAGUCUUGUAGCUGCAAGGUUCCCGAAGAGAGAUUUAGUUUUGCUCAGUGUCCUGAAUUGUUGGCUGUCAGUUAAUCCAGCCGCACUGUUUUGGUCAAGGAAGUUUCCAGUUUUCGUGCUUAGCAAACCCAAUCAAUAUACCUUCGUGGUUUCUUAUAAUAUGGUUGGACUGUUUUAUG